AUCCGCCAAACAUAUCGACCAAAAAAUGUUGGACUUCUUCGUGAUCUUCAGUAAGUCUGGAAUCGUGUUGUUCGCGACCGUCAACCACACCAUCGCCUCAAUGAACGGUUACAUCAAUAAACUCAUUAAGAAUGUGAUACUCGAGGACAGGAGGGAGACCUACACCACCGAAUCGCUGGCCCUUCAGUACCGGUUGGACAACGAGUUUGAAUUGGUGUUUGUGGUCGGGUAUCAAAAGAUGCUGACCCUCUCGUACGUCGACAAGUUCUUAGAGCAGAUCCAACUGGCCUUUCGGGACAAAUACCAGGACUACGACCUCCGCAAAGCAUUACUACUGGCAUCCGAUGGCAGCCGUCGAAGUACUGCCACCAGUAAACAGGUGGCCAACGGUGUCAAC